AUGGCAGGAAGUUUAAAAAUGGUUAUGGUUCUAAAGGAGGUCCAGGCCUCAAGUAACCGACUACUAGCCUCCACCUCUGGAAUCUACUACUCUGUGCUUGCUCAACCCAUCACAGAAUUUAGUUAUCAAGUGAUGAAUUCCCUGGGGACAGAGGCUUCCCUGGCAUUGCAACCUUCAGAUCAGACAUUUUAUCUGACACAAACUUCAGAAUUGCCUGAGUCUUGCAGUAGCAGGAAUCAAAUACUUGAGAGGAACCCAUCACCUGAGCUCCGGGAUGUUCCCAUAAUAGCUCCAGCCCAAAGGAGUCUGGCACUGCCUUCCGCUACAACUCAAGAACAAACAGAUAAGAGUUUGGAUGAGAUAAAAAUUGGGCUUUCAAAGUCUCUGGAUACCUUGCAGAUCCCAAUAGAAAACCAAGAUCCUCCACUGUGCCUUUUAGUAACCCCCAAUAUCCACCAGCUCCUGGCCUGCAUUCACCCUCUCAGCCAAGAGCAACAGCCUGGCACUGAAACUACCGGUCAGGAAAAGGAUGGUCUAUGUUUUAAGGACUCAGGAACACUUGAAAGUGGGAUUAAAUCUGGCGGUAGUCGUGCAGACAUCACUACACUGGUGGAAGAUAUACAUCUUCCCCUGCUCUUAGAUCGCUUAAAAGAACUAGAUCAACGCAAAUAUCUGCAGGUAAUGAACACCACAGAUACCAUCACUCUGAAUCAGGUGCAAGAAAAUUCAAGUGGCACUGAGGGACCCUCCCAUCCAACCCGGAAGAACAAAAAUAAGACCUCUGAGGCUCUUGAGGGAGAACCCAAGGCCAAAAUCCCUCCAAAAGACCCAGAACACUUGCCAGGGGGAGGAGUGAUUGUUUGUAAUGCUGCAGUCAGUGACAGGUGUCCUGUGACCAGGGCCAAACAGAACAGCAAACCUCAGAAAGCUGCCUCCAGCAGGAUCAGCAAGACAAAGAGCCAUGGGCAGGAGAAGACAAAAAAGGCCAGAGAAAACUCUAAGACAGCUGAGGAGAGUAAGCAGCCAGGGAACAAGGUCCAGGCAGAAGAGAAGCCCACCACUGCCAGGAUGAAACGCAAGAAAAGUGAACCUGAGCUCUGCCAAGAGGCCUUUAAAAAGCCCCACAGCUGCCCAGGCAUGCGCAUGCUGGAGUCCAUGCAAGUGUUUCACGCACUGGGGAAGAAAAGUGAUCAAAAGCCUGGAUUCUCUUCCUCCCGGGUCCUGGAUAGCUCAAAGAAGCUCCAUCCAUCCUCAGCUGUCAAACCCUGGCUGGGUGCCACAAAGGAUGGAAAAGGUCUUGAGGAAACUCAGGUCAGAGCGCAGAAACCAAGCAGCAGUGCUGAAGAACGUUCGUCUCCAUCCCAGUAUGAGCUGCCACCUCCUGGGAAGGUCAAAUUGGUACCUUUGCCUUUUCUAACCAUGGAGAAGCCGCGAGCUCGACCUGUUCCUCAGAGACCACAGUCUCCGGCUUCACAUUGUCCAGAUGCAGCUCACCCUGCCAGCCCUGGCUCUACCAACUCAGCUCAGCCAACUGCCUCCAAUUCAUCCCGGCCAACCACUGCAUCUUUGCCAGGUCCUGCCAAGCCAGCUCAGCCCAUUUCGACCAACCCAUCUCGACCAGGCUUGCUGAACCCUACUAGCCGGUCUAUUCCUCAGCCUGCAACUUCUAGACCUGCUCCCUACAGGACAACAGCUAGCACUUCUCUCCAGCGGGAGCCUCUUCCUGUCUCUGUGACCAAGCACCAGGCUCCACCCAAAUGUCAGAGUCAGUUUCUACUCCAAGACUUCCGUUUCCAACCAAUUCCAUGGAGAAAGCCCAAUGUUCCCGAGCCAGUGAUGUCAAAGCCCAUCACAAAAGAGCAAAGACCAGAGCGUGAGGCUAUGAAAAGGAAGGCUCAGCAGGAGCGUGAGAAUGCUGCCAAAUGCACCCCUUUGGGGAAAGUGCACAUUUUUAUGGAGAGAGAAAAAGAGAUGGACCUCUCUCGAUACUAUGGCUACGUAAUGUGA